AUGGAUUUGAAUUCAAGUUUACUGCAAGAAUCAGAAGAGAGGAGGGUGUUUGAGAAGGCACCAACGAUGUCACUGCUGCCUCACGAUCAAACCUCAGGAUCUACAUUGGCUUCGAUUGGGGAAAUGGAGAUGAAUCCGGAAGAUAGGACGAGAUUAACACCGAAGAAUACACAACCAGCAAAGCCAGUAUUCCCAUCAACACCAGAUUCAGUUGUGUUAAGGCCGAGGAAGCGAAGGUCGAGCAUUUCGAGGUUUUUCUCGAGGAUAUUCGCCUGCGCUCAUCCCCAGAAGACGAAAGGCAGUGCCAGAGUGAGUCGAUUACAUCAAGAACAUCGGAAUUCAUUGACGAUAGAGAAUUCUACACCAAGGAGGAAGAACAGGAAUAGUUUGAAGGUGCUUUUUGGUUUGGUUUGCUUUUGUUUUGCUUGAUAUUGUUUUAUUUAGGGUUAUUGAUAUUGCAGUUGAUAUUUUAUUGUUGCUUUUUGAUUUUGCUUUGCGAUUUUUAGCUUUUUAGUUGUGAAGGAGUGUGGUGAAGGUAUUUUAAGAAUAAUUUUGGUAACAAAAGCUGUAACUUUUGCGUUUUUAAGGCGUUUUUUAAGGGAUUUUACACUUGCAUAAGUAGGAAAGUAGCCAAAAUAUAAAUUAUUUUGAAGAAAUUGGUAAAUCUGUUCUUUAAGAAAGAUAAAGAACAAUAUAGUGCUGGUGUGACGUAAGAUAUAGACUUUUUAAACGUCAUGUUAUCGAGUUAUGAUUAAAUUUGUCAAGGAUAACAUGAAUUUUAGGUCAUACUAUUCUUAAAUUUUUUUGAGUAAAAAUUGAAAGAAAAGGGAUAGGGAUUUAAUAUUUAAAAGUAUAAAGAUUUAUUCAAAACGGUAAUAAUUUUUUUAUUUUAGACAAGUGAUGACAUGGAAAGCAUAAUAAGCCAAGACGAAUUCACCGUGCCUCCUUCACAUAACGCGACGUACCUCAAAGCCGGGCUUUCGCCUCGACCAACUACAAUAUCCAACGGUUCAGAAACGCCAACUUCUCGCUUCGUCGACUCAAAAGCUUCAGCAGAACAAGCACGAGCAGCAUCUGGAGCCGACUUCAUGGCAUCAAAGAUAUCAGUUCCAUCGAUAUGGCCCAGUGAUAACGCGUCACUGAAGAGCAACGAUCCUUUGAUUCGAAUGGAUUCGGACGUCAGAGCAGCUACAAUUCUAAACAGGGCUAUUGAAGACUCACCUGAACUACCACCACGACCUACAUCAUUGUGUUUGGGGAAGAAGGAUGUUAAACUUGGCGCACCGGGAAUGACACCGAUGAAUGAGGUGCCAGAAUGCAAAAAGAAUGCUCUCAAAGAUGCAAGUGCGAUGGCUGAAGUCCACAAACUGCUCCAGAAGUUCAAUACAAAGCGAUCAGCAGACAGUGAUGACGAGAGAAGCGUCGCUUUACCAAAAGUUGAUGGUGGAUAUGAAGGUAGGUGGUUUCUUUAUUGUUUUCAUGUGUUUAGGUAAAUUGAUGAGAAGUAGACUCUAG